UGGUUCUCUUACGUGGAGUGAAGUGUGUAGCCUUAAAAUGGUGGGUAGGAGGCAUGAAUUGUGAGGUGUGGGCUGGACUAUCUGGGGAAAACACUCUGCCGUCUCCAGAUCUUGCAAAGUGUAAACAAUGGCUUAUUUCCCCACCUCUAUCUCCUGUGUUUCAGCUCCAGUGCCGUGUGAACUAUCCUGAGUGUUCUCUUUAUGUUAAUGUGUCCAUCGUGAGUGAUUAGGAUAGGAGUGGAAGGCUCAUUUGGUGGUAAUGGAAGGAUUUAAUACAUAUUUUUGUGUGCCCGUUUGGUGUGUUGCGGGGACGGCCGUAGGGGAUGAAGGGCUGACGAACACAUGGACUGCUACGGGAUGCUUCCUCAUGACGUGAUUCUGAUGCCAUCUUGAAGCUUAUUAGGGGGUGGAAAUAUUAGUAGACGUUGUGUUAUAGUGUUAGUUUAAUAUCCGUAGCUAUUGCUCCACAUCUUAAUGGGUGUCUUGGUUUCUUAACAUGAUGCACACCAUUACGAGCCAUGAUAGGUGUGGAUAGCAAUAAAAACACAUUUGCAAUUGUGGACUGCUACGGAUUUUGUUGCUAUUCAGACAUAAAGAUAGAAAUUAUUUAGUUUGGUUAGAAGACAAGUAAGAAAGAAAUGGGUGGAACAAUUUCCCGGAAAAAAAAAAAACAGUUGACAGGCACAACUAGUGAGCCAUUGUGCAGGUCGUCGUGGUGCAGCAGGUGGCGUGCCAGAGGCAGUGUAGCUGGUACUGGCGGGAUGACUGAUGCCCUGAAUAAGGAUGUGGAUCGCAUAAACACAAGACAGUAUGGAGGAACAACAGGUUUUUGUGAUUUCCCAAGAUAGUGAAGAAUUAAUUCUCACAGACACUGACCAAGGAAUCUUAGUGGAGCAGGGAACCUACUCCAUCACCAUCCCACAGCAGACUCAGCAGCAAGUGGUGUAUACACAGCCACAGCAGGCUGUAUAUACAACCCCGCAUCAGGUUCAGCAGAGGGUAGUAUAUUCUUCACAGCAUCAGCAGCAACAAGUGUAUCAAAUAGGACCUCCACAUCCCCAACAGGUUGUAUAUGCUGGAGGUCCUCCCAUCAAACAACAGACUCAACAUACACAGCAAAUUCUCCUACAACAGCAGCAACAGAUGGUACCACAGCAACAGGUAACACAACAGCAACAGAUUGUCCCACAGCAGGUAGUUCAGCAUCAGCAGAUUACUUCACAAGUAACUCAACAACAAGUGUUAACCCAGCAGAAGCCUCAGCAGCAACAGCUAGCACAACAGAUAACUCAGCAGCAACAAGUAGCACCCCAGCAACAAGUAGUCCAGCAACAGGUGGUUCAGCAACAACUAAUGCAGCAACAUCACCAUCACCCACAACAGCAACAGCAACAACAACAGCAGCAGCGGCAGCCACAGCCACAGCCACAGUUUAUCACCACGCCAGGACAAAGAAUAAUUAAUAGAACGCAGAAUACCCAAGAUAUAUUAAGACAACAGCAACAGGUACACCAAAAGACAUACCAACUCCAGCUGCAGCAGCAGCAGCAACCCCAACAGCAGGUACAACACUUGCCCUUACAACAACAGCAGCUUGUUCAGCAGGGAUCACCUCAGCUUCAGCAACAGCUUGUUCUACAACAGCAUCAGCUUGUGCAACAGCCACAGCUUCAGCAGCAACCACAGCAGAUCAUUCAAGCUGGGCAGCAACCGGCGCCACAACGAAUCACUUACAUUCAACAUAGAGUUGAGGAUGACCAGGGUGUCUCCCAUAUCGUACGAACCCCUGUGAAUGUUGGAAGCAUUCGCCCAAGGUCCCCAGCACAAGUGGGUGGACAAACAGGGUCUGCUGUGACUCAGUCCACUGCACUACUGCCUCCAAACACUUCAAAUGUAUUGACAGGAUCAGCCAUACGUCCAGCCACUCCUCAGACCACAAAAACUGUAGCCACAUCCAGACCCCAACAACCCCGAUUACAAAGAAGUAAUCCUAUCCAAAGACAAGGAACAGUUGGAAUUCAACAAGCAUUACCACAGCAGCAGCAGCAACAACAACAACAGCAACAGCAACAGCAGCAGCAGCAGCAACAACAACAACAACAUCAACAACAAGCACAACAAAAGCAGCAGCAACUUCAGCAUGAUAAACAGCAGCAGGCCUCAUACCAAGAUCAGUAUCUUAAAGAGCUUCAAAAUAAAAUAGACACACAACAGAAGAGUGCCAACCGAAGCAAGGUAAACAAACCCCCUACAGCACAGCAACGUAUUUUGAUCUCACAUCAGCUGACCAACCAGCAGCACCGAAAGCAACAGGUUGGUCCACAUGUGAACCAGACAGUUUUGUCAGGUACAUCAAUUCCAUCUCCACCAAAUACUGCUAAACAACAACAGGGAAAUCAUCAUCAACAUCAACAACAAGUUCAACAAGUGACUUUACAGGCUGUAUCACCAACAAAAAAGCUGUCAAUACAUCAGUAUCGUCAAAGAAUUUCUCACGAUCUCAAGCAGCAGCAGCAGCAGCAGCAGCAACAAUCUGUGUCUGUGAACAAGACACAGAAACAGCAAUACUACUAUUUACAAAGUUCUGAUGGAAGCAAAAUGUUGGCUGUGUUUCCUAUGGACCAAGGUGCUACCACAACAGUUGCAUUGAAUAAUCCUGUUUCCAAUAUGACUUCAUCUACCUCAGCGCGAAGUACACAUUUUGCUGCCACCACCUCAGAUAGCAAUACUAUUAUCAAUAUGAAGUACCAGGAUGGACCUGCACAAACAUCAUCUGAGGCCACUACACUUACUUCAUCAUCACAUACUUUGUCUUCCUCUAGGAGUAUUUCUUCUAAUAAUGUAUCUUCCACAAAUUCAACUUCCACUUCUCCUCCACUUCAAGAACAUGUUGUCAAUUCAUCAGUAUCAACAGAACAAACUGAAAAAACUACAGGUGAUAAACCAAGAUAUAUUCCUGGCAAGGUAUGCCUGUGUACCAAUUGUGGUAUAUUAAGCGAGGAUUUAUUCCAGUGCUUAAGAUGUAAGCAUAAGUUACCUAUGCAAACUCUCCCAGAGCCUCCCACCACCACAGCAGGCUCUAAGACUACCACUUGUGAUUCUGUGACCAUGACAAGCAAGGGGAUCACUGUAGCACAUAUGACAAAGCAGGAAUUCUAUGGAAAGACAGGUGGUGGGAAUAGAAGACCAGAGAAAAAGAUUGUAAACCCAGCCAACAAUAAAGCCAAAGCAAAAGGACGAGGAAAAGGGAAAGCUCCAGAGGAACCUGUAAUCUUGACCCUGUCGUCUGAUGAAGAUGAAGAUAAACCAGGGGGGGGAUCAGGUCCAUCAGCAAGUGGCAUAUCUGGUUCUCCACAACCUGGAAGUCACACAGGGGCCCAUCUUGAACCCGUCAAUCACAAGGAGCCCAUUAUUACUGCAGAUAUGGAGGAUUUAGAGGAGCCUGAGAAAAGUGACAGUGGUGCUGUAACAGGUGGAGGUAUACCAGAUAUACAGAGUCUCAAUGAUGGCACUCUGAAGGGACCCUAUACUUCACUACAAUGCAGGAGUCUUAGGAUUGGCUCCUACAAAGUCAUGCCCAAAGAAAGGGUGCUUAUAGUGCCCCAAGGCCUACGUAUUGAAGUUCCUCCUAUCGCUGAAGAUUCUUCAGCAUCAGUGACAUUUGACAUUCCAGUGAAGAGUGUUGUAAAGAUUUUGGUUCACUUUGGAAGAUCUUUGCCAGUAUUCUUCAUAUAUGUCAAACCUUCAACAGCUGUAAAUAUAAGGAGACUGCUCAAAAUGACGGAUAGAAAUGGAUAUUAUUUUGAUCCUUGCAGUCAUGAUGAAUCACAGAAACGUAUUACCAUCUUGCCGGACAGAUUGACUGAAGAAAAUAAGAAUCUAGUAAAAGAAGUUUUUGGUCCCUCAAAUUUACUGAACAAUUGUGGAGCAGCCACUGGCACAUCAUCUUCAAGUGAACUUGUUAAUGUAUUAGAGGAACUGGAUCACAAGGAAGCAAAUGAGAUUCUUCUUAGAGCAUCAUCAGCUAAGGUCCAGAAUCUAGUCAAGAAACCAACAACUACACCAGCUACCUGUGAAUCAAAGCUAUUGUUGAUAUAUCCUCCACCACCACAAAAAGGAGGAAUAUCCAUAUCAACAGAUGAUUAUUGCUGUCUGGAGGAAGAACAGUUCUUGAAUGAUGUCAUUCUUGACUUUUAUCUAAAAUGGUUACUUCAAAGCAAGCUUUCAGAAAUACAUCGUCAGCACACCCAUGUGUUUUCUACAUUUUUCUACAAACGCCUGACAUCCAAACCUAAGAAACGGAGACUGAAUGCCCCUGAAGAUGAUCCUAAGCUGUCUGCGGCAGAAAAAAGACAUGCUAGAGUCAAGUCCUGGACCAAAAAUGUUGACAUUUUCUCUAAGGAUUUCAUUAUUAUUCCCAUCAAUGAACAUGCUCAUUGGUUCCUUGCGAUUAUAUGCUUUCCGGGUUUGAGUGGUCCUGUAAGGAUAUCAGAUGGUCAGCCUGUUCCGGUUUUAGCUCCUGAUAAACCCAAGAGGCGUAGAUCCUCUCGACCUAAGAAUAGAAUUGAGAUUCCUAUUAUUGAUGAUGGUGAGUGGAGUGAUAGAGAUGAAGCAGAAGGAGAGGAAGAUGAACUAGAAGAGGAUGAAGAAGAGGAAGAAGAAUCUCAGGCAAAGAAAAGCAAAGGAGAGGAACCUGAUAAUGAAGGCGAAACACAAGCUACAAAACAUGAUUCACCACCUCCACCAUCCAUUAAGCAGCCAUGUAUCUUGAUAUUUGACUCUCUAACUGGAGCAAAUCGAGCACGAAUUGUUGCCACUCUCCGAGACUACCUAACUGUGGAACAUAAAGUCAGGAAAGGAACAGAGAAGCUCUUCACACGGGACACAAUGAAAGGAGCUUGUCCUCGAGUCCCACAACAGAUGAACUAUUCUGACUGUGGUGUCUAUACUCUCCAGUUUGCUGAGAGCUUCUUUGAGGAACCCAUAAAGGAUUACACAUUCCCAAUCCGUUCUCUGACUGAGUGGUUUCCUCAGGAACUAGUGAGAGGGAAACGGGAAGCCAUUGCCAAAUUAAUUGCCAACUUGAUGGAACAGCACAAUCCAAACCACAGCUCAAUAACUUUGCCUGACAUAUACUUUUCCUCUGACAAAAAGGAAAAGGGUGGAACAAACAUGCCGCACAUUCCAGUAACCUCUGAGCCUCAGGAUAGUAGUGCUUCAUCAAACACCACAUUAAACAAGAUAGUCAACACCUCAGCACAGAAUACUGUUCCAGGGCAAGACAUUUCUAAGCCUUCAAAUAAUUUGGGUAGUGAUAGUGAUGGUGGAACAUCUAAGGAGCAAAGCAAUGCAAAAUUAAUUAGUUUUCCUCCAAAUACUAUAAUUGAAGGUAAAUUUAAAGAUGGAGAAAUUAGGGUUUAUCAUAACAAGGAAGGAAAUCCUCUAACAAAACCAGUUUUGACCAAAACAGUACAGAAACCUGUUUCUGUUAAAUCCAUUCCGCUCUGCAUUGCUAAAUCAGAUCAAUCAUUUUCUGUAUGUGCUGGUCAGAUAAAUGUUAAGAAAUUUCAGAAAACAAAUGUUUCCCCUGUUGAGAGAAACAUAACUGUGCAAAAGUUAGGAACUUCCACUCCUUUGGAAACACAUGUUCAAGUUAACACUAUGAAAAGACAAUGUGUGGUAGAAAGUGAUGAAUCUCUUUUCCCUGUGAGAGUUGACAAAAAAAGAGUUCCUAUUAAAGAUGUUAAUUUGCCACAAGCCCAUGGGUCUCUCAUAGCCACAGAAACUGUUAUAUCUGCUUCAAGUAAUUCUGGUUUAGGUUUGAUAAAGGCUGUGUACAAUGGUGAUUCAAAUGAUGGAUUGCAGGUAGAUACUAAGAGUGAAAAAAUGAAUUUAAAUGGAAACUGUCUUAAGCAAGCAGCCACAGAUUUUAGUGGUGUGAAAAGUUUGUUAAAUUCUGAUGUGAAUGGAAUUCAUACGCAGGUUGUGAAUGAAAGCCCCAUAAAUGACAAACUGAAGUGUCAUAAAAAUAACUCGGAUGUAGUAAAUGGUGGAGAUGAAACUGUUGUUAAAAGCAUUGGCAAUGAGGUUGUACAGGUAGUCACUACCUCACAGCCAACUCAUUCAUCUGUCUUACCAAAGCUCUCUUAUAUACAAACUACUAAUGUUGCUGGAAUGUCCUCAUCAAAAUUGUUAAAUACAGUACCUACUAAUGUAUCAGUCCAACAAGAUACUCAUAACUCUAGUGUUGUCUUUUCAUCUGCAAGUCCUGCAAAAUCAGCUAUGCAGGCAUCCUGUACAAAUACACAGUCAAAAAUUGUGAAUUCAUCAAUGAUGCUAAACAGUGCCACUGCUUUUAACGUAGAUGAAACACAAUCCAUGGAUCAGUUAAAAACUGUAGAAGCUUCAAGAAAAAAAAUUAUUAUAGAUGAUGAAGUUCUUCUUAUCAUGAAUCCAAGUCCUACUCAGGGAGGACACAAGAUGGAAUCUGAAGCUGUACCAGUCAAGCAGCAAAAUCACUUUGAUCAUGAAGAGAGAGAUUUUAUGAAUACUGGGGAAACCAUAGAAGUGAUGCCACCAAAGUCUGUUGCCACUCAACAACUCUCCAAGUCGGUUACAACUUUACAACCAAGUUCGCCACUUCGUCGGGUUGGAGGAGAGUACUCUCCUACCACAUUAGCUGUUCCGCCUGGUUCCUCUUCACCAUCCCAGGCUGGUUCUGGUACACCAGCUGUAUUUAGGUUCAGUGAACGUGGCACUUCAUCAGGAAGGACUAUUGCUCCUCCAAAGAGAUACCUUGAUGAUGAAGAUGAAAUUUUUCCAAAGAAACGUAGAGAUAAACCAUCUCAAGGAAAGGUACGAAAUAUUGUUAGAUAGGAUAUUUCUAUUUUAGGAAUGUUUUAAAAAUGGUUUAAUUUUUUUCGUGUGAUGACUUAACCAAUCUGUUCUCAAGAGAAUUUCAUCUGCCUCUAGUAUUUGAUUCUUUUGGUUUAUUGUUUGUUAUUAUGAAGACAAAUUCAGUUUCAGUUUUAUAUUGUUCUUAUUGGCUUGGCAACUAACAAAUAUUGGUGAGGUUCUAGCCAAAUUUCAUCUCUACAGAACAUUAUAGAAUCAGUGACAAGAAUAAGAUUAUAACAUACAAAGGCAGAAUUGUUUUUUGAAUUACAAAUAAUAGUAUAUUGGUAAUCUGCACAUCUCUUUUAGGAUCCUAUAAUUAAAGCAAAAGUUAGUGAACAUUGCCACUUCCCUGUCAUCCUAACAUGUCCGCUCUAGAACCAUCCCUGAAGGUAUUCAGCUUGAUAUUUUCUUUCUAACUAUAAGCAACAGUUAAAUACUGGCCUCACUAGAAAUGGAAAUUGUAUUGAUGAAACAAUUAUGUUUUCAACAAUAUUCUUACAAGAUAUUUGAAGGAUUCCAACUUUACUUCUCUAUUUACAGACAUCAUAAAAUAUGAGAAUCCACAUCCAAUGUCUUUAUACAUUUUGUACUGUAAAAUAUUUUGAUAUUGGUACUAAAUUUGAUAUAUUUCUUUAUUAAUUACAGUUAAAUAUAAGUGGUACCUUGGUAUACGUCCUUAAUCCGUUUCAGAUCCUUGAACUUUAUCAGACAGGAUGUGUGCCUAACAAAUUUUUCUUGCAAGCAAUAAAGAGAAAAUUAUUUAUCCAUUCCCUUAAAAACAAUCUUAUUGCUAUUGACAUAUACAGAACAUUGAUGGAGUUGUAUAACAUAUUUCAGACACUGCUUAAUAUGAAAAUACAUGCAGUAUUUGAUCAUGUACAGACACAUGGGCACAUAAAAUGCAACUGUGUUUAAACAGGGCAUAUUUUUUUUUUUUUUUUUUUUUUUUUUUUUUAGAAUGUAGUGUUUAAAGCAGCUGGUGAUACAGCUGAAUGAAUAGCAAGCAAUCAGAAUAGUAAAAAUAUCUUACAUGUUUGCAGUAAUAAACAGAGCUAAUGACCUAGUUACAGUUAAGGCAAAGAAUGCAGCCUAUCUGCUGAAAUGUCAACAAGAUACUUAGCAUGUUACUAACAAGACCGUGUUUUCAUUUCCAACAUUUUCUUACAUCAUAUUAUGAUUGGAAAAUACACAGCACAUUUACUUAUAUGCAGUGAUGUAAAUCUUCAGGUGUACUGGUGAAGAAAAUUUCAAAAUUAAAUUUACUGGACAAUUUGCAUUCACAUGUAAGAUCCAGUGUUAUACUUUCAGCCAUUUUGUAUAUGCUGUUGAAUAUGGUAAAUACAAAAGCAAUUAAAUACAAUGUAUGAAAUCUUACCUCUUUUUACCUUGCUGUCAAGCAAGGGUAGCAUGAAGUGUUGUGACUCAUUUUGAUCCAUACAAGUUCUAGAAUACAUGUCUUAUUCCAAACAAAGGUAUACUAAGCAAAUUUCUUUGUAUCCAAACAGGACGUAUGCCAAGCUGAACUUAACUAUUCCAAAGUGUAUGUUCACUGAGGUACCACUGUAUGUUACACUUAUAGUUCCUUCAGGUAUUUGUACAUAUGAACAAGUUAUGUCAUUUUGUAUGAAGAGAAGUCAGAAUAACCUGCUGUCACAUAGGACUAUCUCUAGAGGUAUUUUUUAAGUCUGCUAUGUUAGCAGUCAUAUUUAUAAACAUAUCCACUGAUGUUUUGUCUGAAGAUUAAAGUGAAAAUGCCUAUGUACUGUCUUUUAAGGGUUGUAUAUUUAUAUGAAAAGUUUUGCAUUCAAAAAAGUAUUGCUCAGGAAAGUCAGUGACAAAACAUAAUAUGCAGUGGUUAGUUUCAGUUAUGUAAAUAUUGAAAUACUAUGUACAAACUUUGUUUUUUAUUUAUGAAUGUUAAUUAUGUGUAUCUGAGGUUCACUGCUUCUCUUGUGGAAUGAAUGAAGUAAUUUAAUGUAUUGAUUUGGAUUAGGGAUGCUGAACAUGCAUGUCAUAUAUUGAUUGUCAAAGAUUGUGGAGGAAAUUAUUCUUCAUAGAAUCUCUUGGCAAAUAGUGUAUGUGUCAUUGUUAUAAUUUACACAAGGGGAAACUAUUGGGAAAAGCCCCCAAAAGGGCACUACAAAUGUAAUGUUAUUGCAAAUCUGUGAUGAGAAAUUUGUGUGACCAGAAAUAUUUCAUUAUUAAUAUUUAUACUUGUGAUUAGAAAUUCUUAGAAAUUUUUAAGUGGCAUUAUUUAUAUGAAAUAUUUGUUUAUUUUUAAACUUUUGUUUCUUGUUACUCAUGUCAUCACUGUUAAAUCUAAAAUAUGUAUGUUAUUGAAAGUUUAAGAUCUCUUAUGUGAACAUUUGCUAUGCAGUAAAAUUAGAAUUUUAAAUGAAAAUGUAGCUUUGGAUUCUUUAUGCAUGACUGAAAGAUAUUUAAAUUUUGCUCUAAGUUGUUUAUGCUGUUAAAUCAUGAUCAUUGGAAAAAAAUGUUUCCGGUCACUCAGACUUUCAAAAAAAUUGUAAGAAAACCUUCGCCCCAUUAGAGGGGGUUUCUCCAUUUAUUUUGUAAGUAAACCUGCUGUAAGAAUGCAAUUACUUCAUAAUAAAUAAUAUUUUUCUGUA